CACACACUUCUUGUACAGCCCAUCACUCUUUAGUUCUGUUGCAGCAAUCAAUCAACAAAUUCGGUUCUUCCUUCUCUCCUUUAUUCAUCAUCUGGACAGGCUCUUUCUUCCUCGUACCCCCUUAUAAAUCUCUCUCUCUCUCUCUCUCUCUCUCUCUCUCUCUUGUAAUUAGAAAUUUACAUACCACUUCUGAAAAAUCUCUCCCAGUCUCUCUACCACUUUUUAAAAAUCUCUCCCAGUCUCUCUCUCUCUCUCGUAAUUAGAAAUGGCUGAGUUUGAUCAAAAGAUUUCACCUUUAGUCGAUUGCAACCAACUAGUAGCAAAAUCUCUCUCACGCGCCGGUAUUGACCGUAUGUUCGGCGUCGUAGGAAUUCCGGUGACUUCACUUGCUAAUCGCGCUCUAGCUAUUGGCAUCCGCUUCAUCGCUUUUCACAACGAACAAUCCGCCGGUUACGCCGCCUCCGCCUACGGUUACCUCACCGGCCGCCCCGGCGUGCUUCUCACCGUCUCCGGCCCCGGAUGCGUUCACGGCCUCGCCGGAAUGUCCAACGCCGCUGCCAAUUGCUGGCCUAUGGUCAUGAUCUCCGGUUCUUGUGAUCAAAACGACGUCGGCCGAGGCGAUUUUCAGGAGCUUGAUCAGGUUGAAGCUGUUAAGCCCUUUUCGAAACUUUCGAUUAGAGUUAAGGAUGUUAGGGAAGUACCUAAUGCUGUUUUUCGGGUUCUUGAUCGGGCCGGGUCGGGUCGCCCCGGUGGGUGUUACUUGGAUAUUCCAGCUGAUGUGCUUCAUCAGAGUGUUAGUGAGUCAGAAGCUGAGGAAUUGUUGGAUGCUGCCGAGAAAUGUGUGAGUGGGGAGGUUGUUGAGGAGGUUAAGAGUGCCGAUAUUGCGAAAGCUGUUGAGUUGUUGAGGAAAGCUGAGAGGCCUUUGAUUGUGUUUGGUAAAGGGGCUGCUAUAUCAAAAGCGGAAGGUGUGUUGAAGAAGCUUGUGGAAGCUACUGGAAUUCCGUUCUUGCCUACCCCGAUGGGGAAGGGUUUGUUGCCCGAUACUCAUGAGCUGGCUGCUACUGCAGCUAGGUCACUCGCUAUUGGGAAAUGUGAUGUUGCACUUGUUGUUGGUGCAAGGCUUAACUGGUUGUUGCAUUUCGGGGAGCCACCCAAGUGGGAUAAAGAUGUGAAAUUUAUACUUGUUGAUAUUUGUAAGGAGGAGAUUGAGUUGAGGAAACCGGCUUUGGGAUUAGUUGGGGAUGCUAAAAGGGUGUUGGAGAUUCUUAGCAAGGAGAUUAAGGAUGAUCCUUUUUGUUUGGGGAAGUCUCAUCCUUGGAUUGAAGGAAUUACAAAGAAGGCCAAGGACAAUGUUGCAAAAAUGGAGGUUCAGCUUGCCAAGGAUGUGGUUCCGUUUAAUUUUAUGACACCUAUGAGGAUUAUUAGGGAUGCAAUUCUUGGGGUAGGGAGUCCAGCUCCGAUAUUGGUUUCUGAAGGGGCAAAUACCAUGGAUGUUGGUCGGGGUGUAUUGAUUCAGACGGAGCCAAGGACUAGACUGGAUGCAGGGACUUGGGGGACCAUGGGGGUUGGUCUUGGUUAUUGCAUUGCUGCAGCAGUAGCUUCACCUGAUCGGCUGGUAGUUGCAGUUGAAGGGGAUUCUGGAUUUGGAUUUAGUGCCAUGGAAGUCGAGACUCUGGUUCGCUAUCAGUUGCCAGUAGUUGUGAUAGUCUUUAACAAUGGUGGUGUAUAUGGUGGUGAUCGGAGAAACCCCGAGGAGAUCACUGGGCCUUUCAAAGAUGACCCAGCUCCCACUUCUUUUGUACCUGGUGCUGCAUAUCAUCUUCUAAUUGAAGCAUUUGGGGGAAAAGGUUAUCUGGUCGGGACGCCUGAUGAACUCAAAUCAGCCCUUGCUGAAUCUUUUUCUGCACGGAAGCCUGCUGUCAUAAAUGUCACAAUUGAUCCAUAUGCUGGUGCAGAAAGUGGCAGGAUGCAACACAAAAACUGAGGUAAGUUGCAGGCUGUUUGGGAGUGUGACCUUGUAUGUUAAUCAGCUUGAUGGGUUUCAUGGUGGGCUCUCGUGCCACUUUUGAGCACAUAGAUUACAGUAUGUCGAAUAUGUUUUGUAGUUAAUGGAGGAGUCCACAUGUUUUUGCAACCGUUGUGAACUAUACGAAGCGUUACUUUUACCAAUUUUAGAUAUAUGAUUGUCAUUUUUAAGCGUCUGAAUAACUCUUUCUCUGUUGAAUACUUAACUACUCCAUGUUAUAAACUAUACCAAGUGUUACUUUUA